AUGACUUCUCCGUUAUGGCUGGCACUGUGCUGUGUGACGUGGCUUCCAGGUCUGCUGGAUGCCAAAUCGAUGCUGAAUAUCAUCAGUCCUGUCGGUGAUGUCAGUAUUGCCUCACAGAAAGCAAAUGACUUUCUGACCCACUCCAGACCGAAGCGUAACGUGGACCCCAGAUGGUACAGAAACACCCCAGACUUCCAGGCUUAUUAUCGCUACUACAGCAGCAUCGGACACACUGAGGGGUUGUAUGAGAUCGACAAACUGCGGAUGCUCUACCAGCAGAUGAGGUACCUGGAACACACCUACGGCCCCAACGCCUCUUAUUUCCAGAGCAAACUGGGAAUUCCAGUCCUCAUGUGUGACCCCACCACAGACAAGAAAUGCAAAGUCCCUCCCCCUCCACCUCCGAUGAAAGGCGUCCCGAAGUCCACAGACCCCCCAGCGACCCCUCCUCCUCCUCCACUCCUUUCCCAGGCUGACGUGUUGUACCUGUGCAACGCAAAGGACCCCCUCUGCAAACCCCACAUAGUCUACAUGCCCACCGGCGCUGUCCCUGUGCUCUGCGACCCCCGUUACCACCCCCACUGUACCCCCCAGAAGGCCCCGCCAGCCCCGGUCGCCGUCCCCCAGCCUCCACCUCCACCUCCAAAGAAGUCUGCCCCACCUCCACCUCCUCCGGUCAUCAUCAAGAAGUCUCCCCCAGCCCCCGUCCGCACCUUCAAAGGGAUGGAGUACGACUGUGACCCCUACUGGGAUCCAGACUGCCUCAUCGACAACCCACCCAGACCCAUCAAGGGGAAGAUCGAGCCAGAACCUCCUGCACCCAUCGAGAAGAAAGUACCCCUCUACCCUUACCCAUAUCCUUACCCUUACCCUUACCACUACCCAUUACCCUACGACCCCCGGGAUGACCUGUACGACCCGUCCCGCUUCAAUUAUCCUCAACCUGCUGAUGCUGCUGACGAACCUGCAGAAGAAAGCAGCCAGUAGGACACAGAGAGGGGGUUUCUGUUGAAAUAAAACUGACUGAUGGAAA